GUUCCAACAGUUCAGCGGUGGGAGGCUGCCAGAGCUUGAAAGGCUCAUUCGCCUCCAAUGCACCAAAGCAAACAAACACUCUUGCCCUCGGAAGUUGCAUAUUUCCAUAAACUGCUCUAUGGAUAAAAAGCGCGCCUGAGUGCAGUCGGUGCUGUUUGCGAUUGAGCUCGAUAUGUCUGAAAAUCAGCUGUUUUGCGCAAUAGUUUUCUUAACUUCACUUUUCUGCUCGACAUGCUCACAGGGGACACGGUUUGUUCAUUCAGCUGCUCUGGAUGCGGAGAGGAGAUACAACAUUAAGUGGGGAUUUGACGAGUCCACGAUAACUUUUGAGGUAGAAGUGGAAACGAGGGGGUAUGUGGGAUUCGGUUUGUCACCCACCGGUGCGAUGUCUUCGUCUGAUAUCGUUAUAGGCGGUGUGCUUAACGGAAGCCCAUAUCUGCUGGACUACUUUACAGAUUCGAACAGAAAGGUCCAUAAAGAUCCACUUCAGAGCUAUGAGCUGCUGUACGGCAGAGAGAAUGACACACAUACAGUCCUGGCUUUCAGCAGAAACCUCCAGACCUGCGAUGACAAUGACAAAGUCAUCACGGGCAGUACAGUGAGAGUGAUCUGGGCGUUCCAUGCGGAGGAUGUGGGAGAGUCAGGACCGGUCUACCAUGGGAUGAACAGAGGCAGAAAGAGUCUGCGAUUGCUCAACCCUGGAACCAGUUCCAGCAUCCCAGCAGGAACAGCUUUCUUUGACCUUCAAAACAAGGAGGUUCCUGUUCCUCAUAAGGACACAACGUACUGGUGUCAGAUCUUUCGAUUUCCAGAGAUGAAGAAAAAGCAUCAUGUAAUCAGAAUUGAGCCGCUGAUUCAGAAAGGUCAUGAGAAUCUGGUUCAUCAUAUUUUGCUCUACCAGUGUGACAGUAAUCUGAACAAGAGUGAGGUCAACAGAGGUCAUGAAUGCUACCAUCCAAAUAUGCCAGACUCUUUCUUCACUUGUGAAACUGUCCUGUUCGCCUGGGCUAUUGGAGGAGAGGGCUUCACCUAUCCUUCACAUGUUGGGAUGUCAAUAGGAACGUCGAUAGACCCAGUCUAUGUGCAGCUGGAGAUUCACUUUGAUAACCCAUCUUUACAAGGAGGGAUGGUGGACAGCUCAGGUCUGCGAUUGUACUACAGCCCCAGCCUGAGGCGCUACGAUGCUGGAGUCAUCGAGACAGGAGUUUGGGUCAGUCUCUACCACAUGCUGCCUCCAGGCAUGACGGAUUACAUUACAGAAGGACACUGCACACAGGAGUGUCUUCAGGAGUCAUUAGACAGCGAGAUGCCCAGCGGAGUUCAUGUGUUUGCAGUUCUACUCCAUGCUCACCUGGCAGGACGGGCUAUCAGAGCCAGACACUUCCGGCAGCAGCUCGAGCUCCAGCCACUGGCCUCAGAUGAUCAGUUUGAUUUCAACUUCCAGGAGUUCCAGCCGCUCAGCCAGGAGAGACUCAUCUUGCCUGGGGAUUCCUUAAUCACUGAAUGUAAAUACAACACUAAAGGCAGAAUGAACAUGACUUGGGGAGGUCUCAGUACACGGGAUGAGAUGUGUUUGUCGUAUCUGCUGUACUAUCCCAGGGUUAACCUCGCCAGGUGCGAGAGUUUACCAGAAAUCACCGGCCAGCUCAAAUUCAUUGGGGUUAAAGAGAUCCAGGAGCCUGUUACAACCUGGCCAUUUGUGAUUAAGAGUCCAAAGAAAUACAGCAACCUGUCCUUCACGGAGGCCAUGGACAAAUACAAGUGGACAAGGAAGAAAGGAAAGUCAUUCAAUGACAUUGUACGGAAACUCCCUAUGAACGUCCGCUGCUCUAAGAUUGGACAUGAUGAGUGGUCGAUUCAAGGGAUGAUCGUGUCUCCUCCAGAGCUGAGGUCAGAACAACCGUCCGCUGCUGUCGUGGCAUGUAGGAAAGAUUCAGCCAUUCAAUGUGAACAUUCCCUCGCUCUUCUGCUCACCGCGUGUCUCUUGCUCAUACUACAGACCUGUUUACACCUCUAAUGUCUGCUGGCAGCUCAUCCCACACUCAUAAACAUGCAAACAACAAAUUCCCAUCAGGCCUGGUGCUCCCCAGCAACCGUGAAAGCUCAAGAUUUACACCUUGUAGACACUGCAGAGUAACGUGUGAUUCACUCAUACCCACCUAAUUCAAGUUUAUCAUUACACUUGUUUUCAUGCUGGCAUUAUAAAGUGUCCUACGUUAAUAUUGACACCCUUGGUAAUAAGGGCAAAGAAGGCCGUAAGAAAAUCUUAAUGGUUGACCUUUUCGUCUUUUUAGAUGAAAACAAAACAAAUUGCAAAUGAUGUAAAGGUAACAAAUAGAGUUAAUAACAAUUAUUGGCACCCCUAAAAAUUAAUAUGAGCAAAAUAUUUUUGUAAAUAUUUAUUAUAGUAGAUUUUCAUUUAUAUUUUACAUUUUUAGUACACUUUAGUGACUAUGAAGAUGACAUUAAAUAACACUAAAUGGGGUGUUACGAUCAUUUAAUGGGGUCUUUAUAAUCAUGAUAUGGCAUGAAUAUGAAUGAGCUUUUAUGCAUUUUUAUGACAAGUGUCAAACACAUAAUUAUGUAAUUUUAAAUACAAUGAUGAUGUUGUUUUAAAGGGCACCUAUGGUAAAAAAUCUACUUUUCAAGCUGUUUAGACAGACAUAUGUGCAUGUAUGGUGUAUAGACCGUCAUAUUAGGGUGAUAUAAACACACCCAGUGCUUUUUUUUCAAUUUAACAACAUAAAAAAUGGUGGACCAAUUGGAGCUGUUUUCAAACCGACCGCAACUUUACGUAGGAGAGCGGUCCCCCCGCCCACCAAUAUUAAUUGACAGGCACGUCAUCAUAUCCUCAGUUUGUUGAUUCACGUCCGCCAUUUUCAGCGUGAGUCGAAGCGAUAUCAUUAAAGGAACACCCUUGCUCUAUUUUUAGAUGCAAGGCUCAUUGGUCUCAACACAAGAGCAAUAUUCUCCACAUUAUCGCUCUAAUUGGAAUUAUUGGUUGUAUCUUUAGGUAGGUUUGCAAACAUGCGUACUUCUCAUUGAGUCUACCUUAUACUUCAGCCGUUUUCAUUUCUCGCGAUCACAGAAGCUCUCUGUGAUCUUAACUAGCAUGCGUUUUAGACCGCUGCAGAAACCUAUGUUUAGAAUUCAAAAAUGCGUGCGACGAUUCGGGACACUUCAUGUCUCUGCCGCGCCACAGAGAGUGUCUGGUGUGCCGUGUCGCGGCUUCGAGCGGCGCAUCCGGUGCCUCAGUCAAAGUUACUCAGUGUGCGUGGUUAUUAGUUUCUGUGUACAAGCUCGGCUGAACUGAACCUAAACUGAACCUAAACUGGCACACUCAGAAGAACCAUAAUAUUAUUAUUAAAUCAUAAAAAAUAGGUAAACUAUGUGCCCUUUAAUGUCUUUUUCAUGACAAAGUGACAUUAUCAAGACAAUAUAGCUUGUCAUAAAUCUGUCAUAAACAUAACAGCCAUUAUGUGAUGCCAUUAAAAUUGUGUUGGAAUUGUAUAACAGUGUCAUUAAUAUUUUUUGUGGACUCAGCUACAGUGGUACAAAUAGAAUUUGAUUUGAAUGGCACUUUUAAUGACAAAUUCAGAUGUUCCACUAAAAAGUGAUCAGAAAAAUAUUCAUGAUGCAAUUAUAAUAGCUUAAUGAAAGUCAUGUUUAUGAAAGAUUUAUGACAAGUUAUGUUGUCUUGGUUAUGUCAAGUUGUCGUGAAAACAUCUCAAACAACGUCAUCUUUGCAUUUAAAAUGACAUAACUAAACUAAAUAGCACUUAAUGACAGCAUAAAUUCUCCUUCAUAUUCAUGGCGUGUCAUGUCAUGAUUGUAAAGAAAUCUUGUGUUACUCAAACAUUUAAAAUGCCCCCUUCUACCAUCAGGGCAAUCAUUAAGAAAUACCAAUCAACUGGAAGUCUUAUGAAUCAUGCUGAAAAAUUAUGUGUUUAUCUUGUCCAAACACACUCCCAGGGUGAUAAAAAUCCAAGAAUAGAGACUGCAGCUAGAGAAUUGCAGACAUUAGUUGGGUCUUGAGGUCAAAAAGUCUUCAAAACUACAAUCGCCUACAUAUAAUACAUCACCACAAAUUGAUUUUGAGGUGACCACAAAGGAGUUUCAAAAAAUAAAAAGUACUUUCAUCCCCCCAAAAUAACUCAAUCAUCUUCAUUUUUUCUUUGUUUAUAUUUUGAGCAAGAAAUCUUAAAACAAGUUAAAACAAUACUUUUCCCCCCCUCAACCUUCUUCACUGAUAUUUACCAAGGGUGCCAAUGCUAGUGGAGUACACUACACAUGGAGUAAACAUUGGUUAGUGGCUCUCUAACAAACGCCUCACUGCCCAUCAUCUCACCACAUCUCUUACAAUUCAGCAGAUCAUGUUCUUGGUACGGUUAAAUGGAUAGUUCACACAAAAAUGAAAAUUCUGUUACUGUAUGCAUUUUGUCCACUCUAUAAAAAUACAGCAAUUGGGAUCCAGGGUAGUCCUGCAUGCCACUGACUUUCAUCGUAUGGACAAAACUGCAAGCGCUUCCAUGCAGACUUCAUCAGAAGUGGUGCCUAUGUUUCAGAACAUUUCUCUCCAUUGCACUGUUUUAUUAAAAGUUACAAAGUUUAAACACAAGCAAAGGCGUCUAGAGCUCUGUGAACUGUUUGUUAGUCUCAUUAUAAUCUAAAUGUGUGUUUCAUAAAUGAAUGCUGGCACUGUAUUCAAAACCAUUACAUUUUUAUACGCUGCCUAUGUCUUUUUAAGCAAUAAAUGUUUAUUUCUUAUAAAUA